AUUUUCCAACUUCUAAUGCUUUGUUUUAUUACUCGGUUUCAGAAAAUUGACCCUAAUGUACCAGCACAACUCUUAGAGUAUGACAAACGGUUUGAACAGCAUGGAAGCGAGUUCACAUUCUACGACUACAACCAACCAGAAGAUCUUCCUUCAUCAUUGAAGCGCUCAUAUCCAAUAAUUGUUGCAGAUCCUCCUUACCUGAGUCGGGAAUGCUUAGAGAAAGUCGCUCAAACAAUUUCUUUUCUCAUGAGACCAGGACCACCUUACUUGCUUUUACUCACAGGUGAAGUGCAAAUGGAUAGGGCUACAGAGCUCUUGGGUUUACGUCCAUGCGUUUUUAGGCCACAUCACUCGAGCAAACUAGGCAAUGAGUUUCGACUAUUUACAAACUAUGACCCAGGGACGAGGCUCGGUGGCUGGGAGCAGGCGUAACAAACGCUUGUUCAAUCAGAAAUCCUCUUCACCAAUAACGUUGUAGGUUGACAUUGGUUCGUGAGAGAAGCUUUUUAGAACAUAUUUCAAGCUAGCUACACAUCCUUUCAUGAAAUAUUGUUUCUAGACAUUCUUCAGUUACCUAAACAUACCUCAAAGAACAAAAAUAUUAGAAAUAAUUAUAUAGCUGUAUUCUGGUUUCACGUUCAGUUACUACUUGUUUCUUUCUAUUGAGGACUAUUUAAGGUGCUCGAGAACCCAUUAUCCAUACAACUUGUCAAAUUUUGUCA